AUGGGAGAGCGCCAAGAUAAAAGCGGUGGGCAAAGUGGGCAUUUCGUAAAACCGGUUACCCACGACUACAUCGAUAGGAACCAAAACAUCGUGUUGUGCAUCGAACUCUCACAAACUCUCUGUAGCCCGGCAGGUUCGUUAAAGGGAAAUGCUCCAAUACUGGAAGUGGUGCGCGCACUGCUACAUAUGGUGGAAGAAUUAAUCAUAGUGCAGCCAAAUAGUGCUGUUGGCUGUCUUACUUUCAGAAAUGGCCGAAGGGCGGAGGAUGGGAUCGUUGAAGCAUUCCCCUUGAGACCCCUAGAUGCGAACUACGUGCGGAAUAUAUCGGAUUGUGUGGCAGAUUUGGAGGAGACUGGUAUGGUCGGACAACACUUUCCAUUUACUGCGACUGUUCCAGCUUCCUUGGAUGUUAUGCUUGCAGCAUCAGACCGUUAUUUUACCGAAGAUACCCAGAAUGCAGAUAACCGUAUAUUUCUGGUCACCGAUGUCGAUACGCCAGUUGAAUUCACCGAUCCCAUAAGGUUAGAAAAGGUGCAGGCCAGGCUACUCUCUUUGUAUCGGCGUCGAAUUGAUAUAACAACAUUCUUCCUGCAUACGGAACAUGCCGCAUUUAAUGACUCCAGUUACGCGGAGAUCCUUAAAACAAGGGAAUGGGGUAUUCCUGGUGCUCCCCAAUCCACCUCCCCGUUGUCUAUUUGCAAAUUACGUGAAAAGAUGCUAAGCCAAAAGGACUUGAACAGGGCCUAUUUUAGCUGUCCAUUGGUAAUAAACAAAACCGCUGACUUGGUUGUAUCUGUCGCAGGCUAUGUCGCAACCACCCAUGAACGGCCAGGUACGCGUUAUAAAUAUAUUGUGAAGCACGAUGGAAGAACGAAGAGUGUCCAUCAAUGUAGAAAAUACAAGACAGUCGAUAAUGAAAAGUACAUACGAGACGCGGAUCGCUCUUCGGUAUAUUGGAUUGGGGGCGCAGGUAUUGAGGUAACGGAUGCAGAACUUCGCAAAAUGACCCGCGGUUGCUCAAAAUAUGAAUCAUUCCUGGAAAUUUUGGGAUUUAGGGCCAUAAAUACGGCAGCGCCUUACUAUUCCAAUAUUGGGCGCGCCUACUACAUAUUGCCACGGGAACUCCCUUUCUCCGGCUCUGCUAAGGUCCUGGCAUCACUAAAUCGAUCUAUGUUUGAGAAAGGGAAGGCAGCCAUUGUCUGGGGCCAGCUGAAGGCCGGCUUUCAUCCAACGCUCUUUGCGCUCAUACCUUCAGAUGGGGAGACGUGUGCACUGCGACUUGUUCGGAUACCCUUCAUCGAAGAAGUUCGAUGUUUUCCGACCUUAGACGGAGAGGAUAGGCUAUUUCACACCCGCGAAUACGAACUAGUGAAAACUGUCUCACAAAACUUAAUACGUCACUUUAGUUUAAGAACAAGUUACCGACCGUCAGAUAUCAGAAAUCCCCUCCUGCGGAAUUUUUAUUCAACAUUAUAUCAUGAACAAUCCCAAGAUGCGAAAAGGAAGAUGCCGGAGUUACAAUAUCUACCAGAAUCAGAUAGCACUCUUCACAAGGUGCAACUCGUGCGAGACCGUAUAGAAAACUCUAUAAUUCAUGACGAGCCGCCGAUAAUUUCUGAAUAUAUCAACUGUUGGAACAUUUACUACAACCACAUCAUUGAUAAGGCAGUUUAUGAAUAUGGAGCUCCAAAACGACCACUUAAAUACUUCACCGGAGACACACUACAUCUGGAGGAUGCAUUGACUCCUAACCAGCAACGUACUCAAAGAAAUACGGCAAAGAAUGCCAAAACGAGGUUCAAUCUAUGA